AUGGUGUUUGGCAUUCUCAACAAAAUCAUCAAAGGCUCUGAUCCUUCAGAGGAAAUCGAAAAGGUCGUUCCUAUUUCCGAGUGUGCUGCUGAAUGCUCCUCUUGUACUUCCAAGUUCCCAUCCUCUAUGAAAAUCGAUACCAAUACCCCAUUAUACAACUCCACCAGCCCGUUCAAACUCCACUGUGUGAUCCCAACAGGGAAAGCCGAUUGGAACCAUUCCGCCACGGACACCAGUGGCUCAGUGGAGCAUAGUGUUUCUACAUGGGCCAGCAAACAAGGAGAAGCUAUUGUUGGAGGGAAUGUCAAAGUAUCGGUAUCAAAUCACCCGUUGGACGAAGAAUAUCCAGCAGAUGUCAAUGAUGUAUUGUUAUUACCGUACUUUGUCUGGGUGAGGAAAGUAUCGGCAGACAAUAUCGGGAAUGUGUUGUCUAAACUAAUACCUUUGUUGAUUACUGCUACAGAAUCAGGAUCUACGGAGUUGCCACAAGAGGUGGAAGGUUUCAAGAUCGAACCUUCAAAUUAUAAGGCCUAUAUUUUCUUAUGUUCCCACAAGACCAGGGAUAAGAGAUGUGGGAUCACCGCACCAAUCAUGAAACGAGAAUUCGAUAGCAACUUGAGAGAAAUGGAUCUUUUAAGAGAUUUUGGGGAUGAAAGGCCUGGGGGAGUUAAUGUGGGGUUUAUUAACCAUGUUGGAGGCCAUAAAUUUGUCGCUAAUUUGCUUAUUUACAUGAAAUCUGGAGAAAUGAUUUGGAUGGCCAGAACCACUCCUGCCAACUGCAAGCCAAUCCUUGAAGAAACAAUUAUGGGAGGCGGGAAAGUUUGGCCCGAUAAGGUGAGAAUCGUCCAAAAGUCUUGUGCUAUCAAUUGGUGA